AUGGCCGCAGCGGCGGCCGGCGCAGCCGCGACCGUGUUGGCCCCGACCUUCGUGGCCCCCAGCACGGGGGCCACGGCAGGUGCGAUGGCUAUGGGCACCACGCCAGCCAAAGUCUCCCAGGCCUCGUCCGCACCCGGCGCUGUGGUUGGUGCCGGCGCAGCGGCCAUGGUGGCAGCAGCCGCUGUUCGCCCGACCAAGCGAAGCGCCAAGAAGGUGGUGCGCAUGGCCACAGCCACGGAUGUGGAUGUUGACACGGAGUGCAUCAACGCCAUCCGCUUCCUGGCCGUGGAUGCCGUGAACAAGGCAAACAGCGGCCAUCCUGGCGCCCCAAUGGGACAAGCCCCGAUUGGGUACCUGCUUUUUGCAGAGGAGAUGCAGCACAACCCGCAAGACUCCAAGUGGGUGAACCGGGACCGCUUCGUGCUGUCUUCGGGCCACGGCUGCAUGCUGCAGUAUUCCCUGCUGCACCUGGCGGGCUACGAGAGUGUCUCCAUGGAUGACCUGAAGCAGUUCCGGCAGUGGGGCUCCAAGACCCCGGGCCACCCGGAGAACUUCGAGACGGACGGCAUCGAGGUGACCACGGGACCUUUGGGCAUGGGCAUCUCGAACGCAGUGGGCCUGGCUGCUGCCGAGGCGCACCUUGCGGCAGUGUACAACAAACCGGACAUGCCGUUGAUUGAUCACUACACCUACACAAUUGCCGGUGACGGCUGCAUGCAGGAGGGCAUCUCCCAUGAGGCCUGCGCCUAUGCCGGCCACCUGGGCUUGGGCAAGCUGAUCGCCUUCUACGACGACAACGGGCAACACGGACGUGAGUGCCAUCCGGAAGGCCAUCAAGGAGGCCAAGGCCUGCACGGACAAGCCCACGCUCAUCAAGGUGAAGACGACCAUCGGCUUCGGGUCCCCCAACAAGGCGGACAGCCACGAUGCCCAUGGCGCCCCGCUGGGUGCCGAUGA